GCCAGGGUGAUGUGCUGACGCUGUGUCAGGAAGAUUGACGAAAAAAAUCCACGUCUUUUAAGGCGACCAAUAAUAUAAAAAUAAACAAACGAUACUUAUCAUGGCGACAGUCUUCGAUGCUCUGUGGGAAGAUAGGGAUGUCAGAUUUGACAUUUCACUGCAGCAAAUGAAAACGAGACCUGGCGAAGUUCUUAUUGAUUGCCUGGAUUCUAUUGAAGAUACCAAAGGAAAUAAUGGUGAUCGAGGCAGACUCCUUGUGACAAAUUUGAGAAUUAUCUGGCAUUCAUUAUCUUUGCCACGAGUCAACCUGUCUGUAGGCUACAAUUGUGUCAUAAAUAUUACAACACGGACUGCUAAUUCGAAACUGAGAGGCCAGACUGAAGCACUUUAUAUCUUGACUAAAUGUAAUAACACAAGAUUUGAAUUCAUAUUUACCAAUGUGGUUCCUGGAAGUCCAAGGCUUUUCACAUCUGUCAUUGCUGUACACAGAGCAUAUGAAACAUCUAAAAUGUACCGGGACUUGAAACUAAGAGGGGCACUGAUUCAGAACAAGCAGCUUCGGCUUUUGCCUCAGGAGCAAGUGUAUGAUAAAAUUAAUGGAGUUUGGAAUCUAUCCAGUGACCAGGGUAAUUUGGGAACAUUCUUUAUUACCAAUGUACGAAUAGUAUGGCAUGCCAACAUGAAUGACAGCUUUAAUGUCAGCAUACCCUACCUACAAAUUCGCUCAAUCAAGAUCAGAGAUUCAAAGUUUGGACUGGCACUGGUAAUAGAAAGUUCCCAGCAGAGUGGAGGAUAUGUGCUUGGCUUUAAGAUAGACCCUCUUGAAAAACUGCAGGAUGCUGUGAAAGAAAUCAAUUCACUGCACAGAGUUUACUCAGCAAGUCCUAUCUUUGGAGUGGAUUAUGAAAUGGAAGAAAAGCCUCAGCCACUUGAAGAGCUGACAGUGGAACAGGCUCAGGAUGACAUUGAAAUAGAGCCUGAUGAGCAGACUGAUGCUUUUGUGGUGAGUCAACAAGAUCGCGAGCCUGUGUUUUCGGAAGAACUGGGACUUGCAAUAGAAAAACUGAAAGAUGGCUUUACUCUUCAGGGGCUCUGGGAAGUCCAAGGUUAAUCUUUUCAAGUCACGUCACUGAUGUUGGAAAAAAUAUGUUUUUGACGUUUAGUUCUUUUAUUUAUGAAUCCACCAUUGAUGUAAGAUACUGUACAUUAAACUGUAAUUCCUGUAAAGAUGGAGUAAACAAAACAGUGCAACUAUUUGUGCUAGCAAAAUUGUGUCCUUUUAUGUAGAAUCAUUUAAAACCUGGUUACAUGUUCAAAAAUUAUAUGUAUGUAUCCUACUUUAGUAGGAGGAAAUGAUACAAUAUUGUUUAAUUAGCAACUGAACGGUACUAUGCAAUAGGUAACCAUCAAGACGAAUAGUAUCAUACUUAUGACAUGGUACCAUACCUUGUAUGAAGUACUUGAAGGGAACACUGAGUCAUUUAUGUUUAUAAUGAUGCAGCAGCUAUUUACAUAUCAACUAGAAUUGUGCUAAAAAUGGCUACAUAAAUGUUUCAGCUGUUGUUUUAGCAGCUGUUCCUUCAAUUCACCCCUUGCGUAGAAACAGGCUGCUAAAUGUAAUGACACGUGAAUGUACCUCCUUAAAUUAAAAUACUUUGUCAUAUGAAUUCAACCUUCAAUUUGUGAGUGAUAUAGCUCCAGGAAAGUUUCUCUAAUCAGCAGUGAUCGUGUUU